GUAGGCCCCUAUUGCCUCUCGCCUUACUCUAAACAUGGCUGUGGCGCUCUCAAGGUUACUGGUGAAUGGCGUUCUCCUUGCUAUUCCAAUCGGUGCCAGUUUAGGGGUAUUGUUCGGGAUCGACGCUUACCGAUCAAAUCAUGGACAGGCGGCUCUGUUCAGCGGAGACACUGACGGCACUGGAAGCGGAGGAUCGACAGGUUCUGGCGGUAGUACCGUCACCAACAAUGGUGUGAACAGCACCAUCUACUGCCAGCUAUCGUACGGCAUUACACCAGCCUCGACAGGAGAACAGUUCACAUUAAACCCUAACCAAUGGGGUGUUACGGAUAGCACUUCAGGUGCACUUUGCAUGAAUAUCACCACAUUCAAUAAUGAAACCUACCCGACCAAAACAACCGCCCCCGAGUUCUCCGUCACAUGGCAGUUCGACCCCGGCUCAGAAACCGCACCAGUGCAUGCCUUCCCCAACAUCAUGGUUGACGGAGUUCUCCCUAUAGAGCUAGAGAAGAUGACGGAGAUCGCAAUGGAUUUCCGAUGGACAUACGGUGUGGGCGAUACACCCGCGGAAUCAACAAACACAACGGAUCUAACUGCCAACUCGGCCAACUUCAACGUCGCGGUCGAUAUGUUCUUCGACAGCGACAAAACGGCCGCUCAGAACAGUAGUAAGGCAAAGUACGAGGUGAUGGUGUGGUUUGCCAAGAUUGGCGAUUCAACCCAGCCGAAUGGAAACCAGACGACGACCACGAGGAAAUUGGACGGCACAACGUUUGACCUGUGGUCUGGUACAAAUGAUGUUGAGCAAUACGUCCUUACCUGGGUGGCGACUAACGUCACGGAUACGUUUACUGGAGAUAUCUAUCCUCUUAUCACCGAUCUAUACGAGCUUAGCGGAGAUGAGUACCCUUCUAGCACGGACUAUAUGGGUAUCUUCAGUUAUGGCUCUGAGGUGUUCUCGUCGGACAAGAAUGUCACAUUCUGGUCACCGAAAUUGUCAAUAGACAUCCAGAAAUAA